GCUUCAAUGACUGCUCCAGCAAUUCGGAUUCCCUUUACGGGCCCUCUACCUCCGCCGAUUAUUGUCCCUCCGUCCGCACUCACGGUCGCAGGUGCCAUUGAUGCGCUCUUGACCUUUUUGACGGCCCCUCCGUCGCCGCAUCUGCGCGGCGUUGAUGUAGGCAGGCAUUCCCAGACGGUGCUCUUGACAGGCGCUGGCAUCUCGGUAGCUUCAGGCUUAUCCGAUUAUCGGGGUGAGAAUGGCACGUACAUCACAAACAAGACGUAUCGACCGAUCUACUACCACGAGUUCGUCGCUCGCCAUGAGUUUCGCAAGCGAUACUGGGCGCGAAGCUUCAUUGGGUGGCCGGGACUUCUCAAGGCGAAGCCAAAUUCGACGCACUGGGCUAUAAAAGACAUUGGUACGAAAGGAUAUAUUAGUUCAGUGGUGACGCAAAACGUCGACUCCUUCCAUUCUGUCGCGCACCCCGAGCUACCCACUCUCGAACUCCACGGCUACUUACGUUCUGCGGUCUGCAUCAAUUGUCGAACUGAAGUUCCACGGGACGAAUUUCAGCAAUCGCUCGAGAGGCUGAACCCCGCCUGGGCAGAGUUUCUCAAGAAAAUGGUCGAUAUUGGUGCGCUGAACGCGGACAACCCUGAGGAGCAGAGACGGAGGGGCUUGAAAAUCAACCCGGAUGGUGAUGUAGAUUUACCAGAAGCCCCUUACUCGACCUUUCGGUAUCCAGCAUGUCCAACCUGUUUAGAAAAGCCACCCCGGCUGCAGGACGGGUCCCAAUCCCGUGUGGAGGUAGAGCGCGAUGGGGCUUGGCUUCCAAAUUCUACAGCGGGGAUUUUGAAGCCGGCGGUCAUUAUGUUUGGAGAGAAUAUCGACCCAGCCGUCAAGGAGGGUGCAGAAGAGGCUAUCGACGAUGCGGGCAGACUCCUCGUCCUGGGCAGUAGUCUUGCCACAUACUCAGCGUGGCGCCUAGUGGAAAGGGCCUAUAAGCGAGGGAUGCCGAUUGGCAUCAUCAAUAUAGGAGGUGUCCGGAAUGAGUCGAUCCUCUUUAGCAAGGCGGAGCAAGAAACGGAGGCUGUAUGCCGGCAUGUCCGUUGCAGUCUCCCAUCCCAGGACAUUCUAGGCCCUGUGGCAGCACAACUGCCUUCACUUACUCGUCAUUAGUGUCCUUGUAUAGAUUGAAGAGGAUGUGAUGUAUAGAUGACGGUGAGCUGUGUGACCCGUUCAGAUAAGCAGCA